AUUGCGAAAGGAAAAGAGCCGAUUGCACGUGGCACAAGGCUUUUUGUUUUGCCACGAAGAUAAAGAAGCGGCUAAGAAUCGUGUCGAAUACUCCAGAGUAUCAAAAAUGUACCAGCAAAACUACUCAGUAAUUUUUACUCGUAGAGUCUCGUACAAGUUCGUACCAGUACACAAACCUGAAUUAUUUAACAAAACCAGUGGGGCCACCCAAUGCUUACCAGGAAGCCAGGAAGCGGACACAGUUAUUGAUACAACCAAAAAAAUGGCGAACCAAACCCGCUGUUCUUGUAGUAGACUGUAGUAGUAGUUGUGUCAACAGCUCCUACGAUUGAUUGUUGGCGACCAACAAACUACUGUAUCACCGGAAAUGAUCAGAUCAAGCUUCAGCUAUCACUCUGUCCAAUGCUCAUAAUUCAAAGAAUCUGGAAACCAAAAAGCGUAGCAAACUACCAAACAGCACGACCAUGGCUCGCACAUCCAUCUUGAAACACAUCGUCCAAAAGUCCAAAAAGCUGGGACAAAGCAUCAGCAGCCGCAGACAACGACGCAACAGCAUGUGCAGCAGCGCCAACAGUCGAUAUACUAGUGAUGGCGUCUCUGACCGUUCUCUUCUGUCAGAAACGCUAGCGCCGCAGCCACAAGAAGAUAUCCUUCUGAAUCGCUUGGGAGGAAUGAUUGUCCUGGGAAGCAUUGCCAACGAGUUUUGUCGCCGAGUGACCGAAGAUCCCAUCCUCAAGACCUUCUUUGCUGGCCUGGACCCACGAGUCCUCACGGCUCAUCAGAAAACUUUCUUUGCCAUGGCAUUUACUGGUACCAAAAAGGAUGUGAAUGAGAUCAUUGCCAUUCGAGCCGCCCAUCAAAGGCUCUUUGCGCAAGGUCUGGAUCACACUCACUUUGACAUCUUCGCAACACAUCUCGCAGAAACUUUGACGGACCGAGGAUUCCGAGCCUCUAUUGUCGAUGAAGCCAAGGCAGCACUGGUUCCAAUCCGAGAAAUCUUUAGGGAUGCUGCUGAAGAUUAUCGCUCUGGCCAAUUCAUGGCUUCCUUGGACAAUACCCAAGCAGCACAACCACUGAGCUCUCCAGUCAGUGUCCUGUAAAGGAAACCGGUAUCUACGGUCACUGUUCCUCCUCCUCUGACAUCAGAAAAGACUAGGCGUUACUCCACAAACAUAUAGAAUUUGUAAACUAUAAAAGAAAAUAAAGGCCCAAAGAAACUAGGUAC